UUGAUUUUUGUCUCUAUUUUAAUAGCAAUACGUGUCUCUAAGCCUAAUAUUACUCUGCUGAGUAGAGAGGAUGGUGGCAGGAUUGAGUUGCAGUGCCAGUUGAGUGAUUAUUUCCCAGACAAACUUACUGUACAAUGGCUUGAGGGUGAUAAAUCUGCCGAAGGUCAAAUUGAUAAAAAGUUUCAGAACACUGAUAAAGGCGAGAAAAAAUACACUUACAUAAGUCAGCUAUCUAUCAGUGCCCCAUAUGUAGACAAAAAGUACACUUGUAAAGCCACCCACAACUCUGAAGAGAUCAAGACAGAAUAUAACACGUGCAAAGCAAAGUCUUUGUUCAAACCUUCAGUCCAAAUAAAGAGAUCUCAUCUCAGAGACAUUAUACAGGAGAAUAAGGUCACAAUUUCUUGUGUUGUUGAAGCACCAGACAACACUGAAGUGUCAUGGUUAACAGACAGUGUAAGUAAAAGAGCCACCGAAGAAGUCAAAGACCUGUCCAAUAACAUUGUGAGCAACUUGACUUUGUCCAGAAAUGAUUGGUUGACCCUUAAGUCUGUUGUUUGUUCUGCUAAACAUCCAUGUUUCCUAGAAGAGAAGGUUGAAAUUCAAACUGAUGAUAUAAAGACAGAUCCUGUAGUCGUGAUCAGGAGGCCUUCGUGA